CCUUAGUUGCCCGCGCUUCUCCCCCCCACUGAUCCUCUAAACAUCCAAGCCAUUCCCCCUCCCUCAUACUAAAUGCCUCCCUUCUUUUCUUACACCACCCUCCCUUAUCAACUCACGGUGAACCCCUUCCCCAUGCGCAAUUUUUCAGAGUAUCUGGUGGAGCUGAAGGACGUGGAGCCGCUGCCGCAAGUUGAGGAGGACGCGUGGGAAUUGCACCGCGUGCUGUAUCAAUCUGUGAUGCUGGGCAAGUUCCGGUUUGUCGUGUCGUAUGACGAUCACAACAUCGCCGAGAACUUGCCGUGUACUACGUCAUCUCGCGAGAAGGAGGGCACAAUGGCAUUAUACCCAUUUCGGGAGAUCGGGACGAGCAGGCCGGAACUAUUGGAGCUCAUUCAUAUCGAGUUGUUGUCUAUCGCGCAAGUGAUAGCCAGCGAAGAAGAGGAUCUCCAACUCCGCCUGCGAACAGCAUCGGCUCCACGGCGAUCUUACCAUGUGGCAGUGAUACUGGACAAUAUCGCGCGGGAGGGGGAAAAGGUGGUGAGCAUUGCCGAUCGGAAGUCGCUGCGGCCUCCCUCAUCCUACCCCAAGCCAGUAGCCCCGAGGGCCCUAAGGAAGACGCCCAAGAAGAGAUACCGCCAGCCAUCGGCAGAAGCACAAGGAAGCCGAGUGGGACCCGGAGAAGAGGUGAACCAAGCCGGGCGGCUGCGGAAGCCAGAUCCCGUUCCAGAGAGCAAAGCGACACCGAUCGAGGGACCUCCGUUGGGUGAAGGGUCAUCAACAAGCACAUUUUGGAUACACGGGAACCCUCCGGAGCCGACACCUCAGCCAUCGCUUCUUCCCGACCUCAAUCUUGAUGGAGCCAGCCCAUCAGCACCAGCAGGAGGAGGAGUGGGAAGAGUACCAUAUCCCGCACCCGAACUCCCGAUCCUCGCAGGACCUUUCCUCUUCCGCCAGCCACCCAGGCGUGCCCCGGUCAUUGACCUUAGCAGUUCCUCCGAGUCGAACGGUCCACCCGACGGAUGUCGCGUUCAUGGUGGAGCUUGCAACCAUCAGGCUCGAAGCGAUCGAGGGGGCCCCGCGUCCUGAUCCUGCAUGGGAGCCGUAUAUGGAGCCGCCAUUUGAGGGAUACGUUGUGGCCAGACUUG